AUGAUCCGCCCCGUCGACCUGAACCCCUUCCGUAACCCGAUCCGAAUCCGCCUCCUGAAUGCGCUUGAACCAGGCUUCGUACUUGCCCACAGCGGUGAAUUGAUCCCUCGUACCCCAGAUGACCAAGGUGGGUCUGUGAUGUUUGUGGAUCGACUCGAUCAAGGUUUGGGUGUAAUGAGAGUAUUUAAAGAACGUAAGUAA